AAAAAGAAAAACUUUUUCUUCCGCUCUGUCCUGCGUGUUUUCCCGUCCCCCGGCGCUCUUGGCGCAAACCCUUGGGAGGCAGAGUCCAACCAUGGCGUGUGCGCUGCUGCCUGCAGGUGUGGCCGCGGCCCUACCGUCUCCUCGCCGGAGCGCCGCCGCCCCCAAGGGACAGCCGAACCAAGUCGCGUGCACGAACCAGCUUCACUGUAAGCUGCCUUUAAGUGAGCCCCACAGAUCCUGGAGCCUUGUUGGCUGCUGCACAUGUUCAGGUUCGUCGACAGGAGCAGCUAUGUCAAGGAGAUCUGCAGAUGCUGUAAGUUUUCAUACCGAUGUAUCUCUGAGAAACUCUGUGGAUGCUGUUCUAGGUGCGCAGAUAGUUAUCUCUGGCUACUGGAUUGGCCCCGAUGUGGAAGAUGGUAGUGGUCAUGUUCAGGCCAUUCUGCAAAGAAUUCACUGAUGAUGCGUCAUUGUUAACAAGACUCCCUCCGAUGCAAAUUAUCUGGAGGAAAGCUAUGUAUGCCAAAAUGUGAAUUUAGAUUAUUAUUACCCUCCUGGAGAUAUAAUACUAGCAAGUUGGGGAGACUGUUUGAUUUCUACUGCUGCUGUACAUAGUUUUUGUGCAAUAUGCCUCAAGUUUCUGCGGCAUCAAGUAAUAAACAUUACUGUGCGCUAGAUCAGUUUCUGUGUAUAUGAAUCACGGACCGACUACUUGCUUGCUCGUAGACUGGUUUAGUAAUAAAUUUCUCGCUAAAUGUCAAAACACCCCUGAACUUGGUAUGAGUGCUAGCCGAUGAUUUUCAGUUGUAGGCUAUCCAGUGUCAGGCAAUAGUUGUUGUUUGCGCUGUUGCACAUUUAGUAAUUAUUUGGUAUUAAAAGAAGCAGUGGUGCAAUUUUUGUUGAGAAACUGAGCUUUAUCUGGUGAUUUAUGAUCAGAUGCGUUCUCAGGCCGCUUAUAGUGAGCCAUUCGGCUUCGGCGCUGGUAAUUAUAGCCUCCCGUGGGUUGGGGUUAAAGAUAGUCUAGACAUUUUCUUUGAAUCGAUUGACGCAUGAGCUUGCCUUUUACCAGAUCUACAAGUAUUUUGUUGCGUGUGCGACUUGUUUUACAUAUUUUCUUUCUACAUUCUAGGGUGUGUGAUGUGUCAAGCUGUUGUUGACUUGAUGCGUGUGUUGUG